UGCAUAGAGUGAACUCAUGGUUACAGAUUCUGCACGAGCGUAUGCGUGCUCCUGACGCAACAAGUAUCUGGUUUCUAGUCUCUCCUUUGGAUGACUACGCGCUGUCUGGAGACGAAGAGCUUUUAACAUAAAGAAACUGCAUAGCCAACAUUGUAUCUGAAUUGCAUUACAGGACCGAACUGUAUUUGAAAGCAGUCUUUGACGGAUUUGCAUGACAUCUUUUUUUUAGCCGUACGUGUUUUACGCAUAUGGAUACUUUUCCGGAGCGCAGACGGUAGAUUAUGCAUUCCACAGGAUGGGUGCGAACAAUGGGAAACAGAGCGGGAGUGAAGGGAAAGGCAGUUCCAGUAUUUCCUCCGACCUGAGUUCAAGUACGGAUCAGACAUCAACCAAAGCUCCAAAGAAUGCAGCUACCAGUGAAGAUUCUGACCUUAGUAUGCGAACAGUGAGUACGCCAAGUCCAGCUCUGAUAUUGCCACCUCAUUCAUCUUCAGCCGUACUUAAUGGCUCCUCUACAUCCUCUUCCACGUUCGGCACGGAAACCAUCGCCAUGGUCCACACGCCACCCACUUCCCUCACCCAUCCUCAAAGGGGCCUGCGGCAACCGAGAGACCAGCAGGGGGCGCCCAUCGACAUCCUCCCUGACCAUGCUUUCCUACAGAUCUUCACCCACCUGCCCACCAACCAGCUUUGCCGCUGCGCCCGCGUGUGCCGUCGCUGGUACAACUUGGCCUGGGACCCCCGCUUGUGGAGGACUAUUCGUCUGACCGGAGACGUGCUACACGUGGACCGCGCGCUUCGGGUUCUUACUCGCAGACUGUGCCAGGACACCCCCAAUGUGUGUCUGACCCUGGAGGCGGUGGUGGUCAGUGGCUGUCGGAGGCUGACUGAUCGAGGACUGUACACGGUGGCACAGUGCUGUCCAGAACUCCGUCGCUUAGAGGUGGCCGGCUGUUAUAACGUGUCCAACGAGGCCGUGUUUGAGGUGGUGUCACGCUGUCCCAACCUGGAACACCUGGAUGUUUCAGGGUGCUCUAAGGUAACGUGCAUCAGCCUGACUCGGGACGUGUCCGUGAAACUCUCCCCUCUUCAUGGCCAGCAGAUCUCUAUCCGCUAUCUUGACAUGACUGACUGUUUUGCCUUGGAAGACGAAGGCCUGCACACCAUUGCAGCUCACUGCACUCAGCUCACCCACCUCUACCUGCGGCGCUGCGUGCGUCUGACCGACGAGGGCCUGCGCUUCUUGGUCAUCUACUGCCCGUCCGUGCGGGAGCUCAGCGUCAGCGACUGCCGCUUCAUCAGUGACUUUGGCCUGCGGGAGAUUGCUAAACUAGAGGGCCGCCUGCGCUACCUCAGCGUAGCGCACUGCGGCCGCAUCACAGACGUGGGCGUGCGCUACGUGGCGAAAUACUGCAUCAGACUUCGUUACCUGAACGCUCGUGGCUGCGAGGGACUGACGGACCACGGCAUUGAGCACCUUGCCAAGAACUGCCUCAAGCUCAAGUCCCUGGACAUUGGGAAGUGCCCGCUGGUGUCGGACGCAGGCCUGGAGCAGCUUGCACUAAACUCGUUCAACCUGAAGAGACUGAGUCUGAAGUCGUGCGAGAGCAUCACGGGCCGUGGGCUGCAGGUGGUGGCGGCGAACUGCUUCGACCUUCAGCUGCUGAAUGUACAGGAUUGUGACGUGUCACUGGAGGCGCUGCGCUUUGUCAAACGUCACUGUAAACGCUGCGUCAUUGAACAUACCAAUCCAGCCUUUUUCUGAGGGCUGCACACAUGAGAUUGCGUGGACUUAUUUGAGAAGAUAAUCUCUUUUGACCCGGCCCGGUGACGUCUCUGCUAGACAACAUAGCGGAGAUUUGCACUGCUGCACCUCUGUAUUUAAUUUGCAUGGUUGGGAGAAAUCUUAACUUUUUAAUCCAUCUAUUUAUAUUUUUAUUCACUUAUAUAGUUUUUUGAUUACUCAUCUUGUCUAUGUCAGAUUGUAUUACAUCUAACAUGUACAUUUUCAUGAAUG